AUGACGAACAAGGCAAGGAAAUCCUGCACUAACGCGGCUGAGUCACGAUCCACGAAGGCCUCGGAAAAGCCCCACCACCCCAGCCCCCGCCGCGCCUCGGCUACCCGGGGCGAGGAGCUGCGCCCUCUCACCUCAGCCCCGCCGCCUGGCGGGGGUUAUCCUCUGAAGGAUGAGGAGUGCAGAGAAGCUACGCAUAGUCAAGAUGACAGAUUUGCUUUCACUGCUGAAUGGUAUGACCCAAAUGCUUCACUCUUCCGGCGUUAUGAACUUCUGUAUUAUCCAAAAGAUGGAUCAGUUGAAAUGUAUGAUGUGAAGAACCGUCGCACCUUUCUGAAGCGUACCAAGUAUGAGAGCUUACACCUUGAGGAUUUAUUUGUGGGCAAUAAAAUUACUGUUUUUUCCCGUCAUCUGUCCUUAGUGGACUAUGGGGAUCAAUAUACAGCCCGCAAGCUGGGGAGCCGCAAAGAGAGAACACUGGCUUUGAUUAAACCUGAUGCGAUGCCCAAGAUUGGAGAAUUAAUUGAUAUCAUUAUUAAUGCAGGAUUUACAAUAACUAAGGCCAAAAUGAUGGUGCUUUCAAGAAAAGAAGCAGCUGAUUUCUACGUAGACCAUCAAUCAAAACCUUUUUAUAAUGAGCUUCUCCAGUUUAUAACGAGUGGUCCCAUUGUUGCUAUGGAAAUCUUAGGAGAUGAUGCAGUUUGUAAAUGGAAAACAUUACUGGGGCCAGCAAACUCUGCAGUGGCUCAGACUGAUGCACCAGACAGCAUUAGAGCGAACUUUGGACAUGAUGGCCUAAGAAAUGCAGCUCAUGGCCCAGAUUCGGUUGCUUCAGCUGCUCAAGAGCUGGAGUUGUUCUUUCCCUCCAGUGGAGGUCAUGGACCAGUCAACAGUGCAAAAUUCACAAACUGUACUUGUUGCAUUAUUAAGCCUCAUGCAGUUAAUGAAGGGCUAGCUGGAAAGAUUAUAAAAGCCAUCAUCAAGGAAGGAUUUCAGAUUUCAGCUUUGCAGAUGUUCAACAUGGAGCGUGCAAAUGUGGAAGAAUUUUAUGAGAUUUACAAAGGUGUCGUCGCUGAAUAUGUGGAGAUGGUCACAGAACUGUGUUCAGGCCCUUGCAUAGCAAUGGAGAUUAUACAAACCGAGCCUCCAAAAGUGUUCAGAGACUUCUGUGGUCCUGCUGACCCUGAAAUAGCCCGUCAUCUCCGACCUGGAACUCUGCGUGCUGUCUUUGGGAAGAACAAGAUUCAGAAUGCUGUCCACUGCACAGACCUACCUGAAGAUGGACUUUUGGAGGUGCAGUACUUCUUCAAGAUCCUGGACAACUAACAGCCUCCAGCCUCGCCCCACGCAAGAGACGAGCACACGGCACGGUGUGUUCAUUCAUUUAUUUGUCCAAUGUUUCAACCUGACCGAAAUACAAGAUCAACAAGAGCACUGUACUCCUGGCUAUUGUUACAUGUUAGAACAUAGAGUUUUGCACUUUAGACAACAUUUAACACCAUUCUAUGGGGUACUGCAUUGCUUUUAUAAAGUUUAAAAUAAAGAUUUAUUU